AUGCCGCACAUUGAGCCUCCGGAUUUGUCUCUGUUGUUGGGUGUGGAGAUGUCUACUGAUCAAAAUUCUGACUUGUGCCUUUUGCCAUCGGAAGAGGAAGUGAAGGAUGCCGUCUUUUCAAUACCGCAGCAAAGUAGCCCUGGCCCGGACGGGUUUGGAUCCUCUUUCUAUAUUUCUUGUUGGCAAAUAGUGAACGAAGAGGUGGUGGAGGCUGCAAGGGAUUUUUUUGCGGGUUCCACACUGCCAAGGUUUUAUACUUCGUCAUAUAUUGUGUUGAUUCUAAAAGUGCCAGAUCCCAAGAGUUUUGAGAAAUUUCCGCCAAUUAGUCUUUGUUCGGUGGCAUACAAGAUCUUCUCGAAGAUUCUUGUGACUCGUUUGACGGGCUUUUUGCCAAUGUUAAUUUCAGCAGAACAAGGGGCUUUUAUUCUGGGUCGCAGUAUUUUUGAGAACAUAUCUCUUGCUCAAGAGAUGGUUCAUGUUUUGAAAAGGAAGACGGUUGGAGGGAAUGUUAUGGUGAAACUUGAUAUGGCGAAGGCAUAUGAUAGGUUUGGUAAAGGAGUGCAUCGCAUCCCCUUGGUACUCGUUGAUAAUGAAUGGGUCAUACAAAGGGUUUUUCAAGUCGACGAAAGGCUUGCGACAAGGGGAUCCCUUGAUGCCAUAUUUAUUUAUAUUGAUGCAAGAAGUACUUUCGAGGCUUCUUCGGAAAGAAUUCAACGAGGGCCGCAUUGCCGAGAGAAAUUGGCAAUUUUUAUCUCCCCAGCUAUUAGUGCAGCUCGACAAUGUGGUUUGGAGAGAUUAAUGGGGUAUGCACAAGCUAGUUUUUCUGUCAUGUAUCUAGGGGUUCUGUUGUUAUCUGGUAGAUUGAAGGCGAUCCAUAUGGAUCAAUUACUAGCGAAGUUUCAGGCUAAGGUUGCUGGGUGGAAGGCGAGAGGAGGGGAGCCUGGGCUUGAGGAAUUUUCUGGAAAUCCAAUGAGCAAUGCUUUUGAAAUUGGCGUGGCGGAUUUUAUCGAUGGACUUGUGAUGGGCUCGGUUCAUGGUGGCAAAGUAUGGAAGGGGCCAACAUGUUUCUCUGCUAUUAGCAGGCCAGCUUUGAAAAUUAAGGAGGUUUGGGUUGGGGACUCUUGGGACGUUGACAUGCUGCAGCAGCUAGUUGCUGCAGAGUUGGCGGACGUUGUGAUCAGCGAGGUUGGUGUAGCCCGUUCUAGGCAAGAUGUUUUGAUUUGA